UUAUUUUAAUUUUAAUUUAGCUGACUUGUCCGUUUCUCUAGCCAGGGUGCGUUCUAAGUACGCCAUAUUAUAUUCCAAUUUUCUUCAAUUCCAAAAUCACCCUCAUUAUUUAUCUCAAAAAGACGAAAAAGCCCAGAUUAUCAAGCGACGCGAUUGGUGGAAUACAACAAUUAGAGACUCAUACGGUCACACCGAAUCAACAAUGCCACGUCAUCUGAGUAGUUCAAGUCCACGUGUCAUAGAUAAAAAAGAAACAGAUGGCCCCACACCGAACCCUUUAAAAACUCUUUAUAGAGCCUCCAUAAGCGCCAAAACACACACACACACACACACAUAUAUUACAACACCCUACCACCACCACCACUCUCUCCCUCUAAAACCUCUUUCUCUCUCUAAAUUUUUUCACUUUUGCAAAAUUUCCCGAUCAGAUUUUUCGAUCACCGGUUCAAGAUUUUCAAUGGGAUGUGACAAAACAGAGAACCUGCCAGACCCCCCAAGUGUUGAUGAGGGAAAGAAGAGACCGGAGGAGGAUAUAAAUUCAAGAUUGUCAAUGGGAUGUGACAAAACAGAGAACCUGCCAGACCCAAGUGUUGAUGAUCUCUCCCUCAGUGUCAGUCAAAGUGGAGCUGCUGAUUAUAAUGGUGCUAUCCAAGGUGGGUUCGGUUCAGGGGCUAAUGUCACAUCCUUCCCUUUUGUAUCUCUGCCUGCGGUCCGUCCUCUUCCAGGAAAUGUUCAUGAGAUUGAGGUGGUCGAUUUGAUAAAUCCCAAUACCUUACAUCAUCACCAUCUUCAACUGAAUUUGAUGAAUGUCAGAAAUAUUUCACCCAGCUUUUCCAGUCCAUCAGAAAUGCCAUAUUGCAUGGAAAAUAGUGCAGAGAUAAACCAUUCAAAUAUGAAUAACAAAACACCGACCUCGGAUAGUCUCAUGAAUCAAGGUGUCUUGUCCAAGGGAAUCCAGAAUUCUGGGGCCAGCAUAAAUUUUAUGCCUAUGCAAAGCAGUGGAGCUGGAUUUUUUGAGAAGUCUGAGGAAGUAACAGGUAUUAGUCAAAAUAGCUUCCAGGCAAGUGGAAGUCCUUUUGGCAUAGGGUAUAACGUGCAGAAUGCUAUAAGUAUUGGCGGAAUAGGAAUUCAUAAUGAUGCCAACAUCAAUCAUGGUCCUUUCUCUUCACGAAGGAACAUUGAUGGUAGUUUUCUGACCCUUGGAAUGGGAAGUAAUAUAGAGGAUAGAACAAACCUUAGAUUCAGCAGCAAAGAGGUCAGUGGCAAAGAGGUCAGCAGCAGACUGGAGGAAGCUGUUUUACCACAAAGUAACAAUUCUCUCAUUUUACAAAUGAGAAGAAAUCUCCCAAGUUUAACUCAUGGUGCUCCUGGUGGUAUUACAAAUUUCCAGCGUGAUAGUGGUGGUUUCCCAAAUUCAGCUUGGAAUUCGGGUGUGCUUGCUCCUGACUCUAGAAUCAGUGCACCUCCAUUUAUGUAUGCAACACCAGAUGAGAGACUCAACUUAGGUAACACCAGAAGUUUAGGUGCUGUUGGUAGAGCUGAUCUAAGACUCUCUGAACCUGAUCCUCUCAUGUACGCCCGAGGUGGUUUGCCGCCUCCUCUGUUGCCAUUUAGCAGCAAUUCAACUUUACCCCCUCAUCUUGGAUUUGGUAGAAUGGCAGCAGCUCCUGGAUCUGAUCAGCCGUUUAGGGUAGCAGCUCAAUCAACUAUUAAUCAGCAGAACAACCAGUACACAAACAUUUUGAGGAAUCAAUCUUCCAUGGGACCUGCUAUUCUCAGUCAUGGCGGCGACAGAGUGAGGCAAGACCAUUUAGGUCAGCAAUCUUUUGUUAAUGUUCUGCAUCCUUGGGGGAAUAACCUAUAUCCUGAAGGAAUGGGAGCUCAAAUUCCGGGAUGGAUUGGCAUCCAACCUGCCCCUGUCAAUCAAUUUCCCAAGAGGCUAGGUGUCCAGCUUAAUGAUGGGGCUAUUUCUCAAGCAACUCGAGAGGGUGUUCUUCCUGGGACGGUUGGCAUCCAGCAAACUAGAGGGGGUAACUCAUAUCAGUCUCAAGAUCAUGGACCUAAAAUGCACCCCACUGAACUUCUUCUUCCCCCUUUUGCAAUGGGUCGGCCUCAAGGUGGUUCAUCAGCCGAGUUUAAUGUUAGUGGACUCCCGUAUCAUGCUGGUCAAGGCGUUCCAAUUUCAAAGGUUGAUGUGGCCCCUCAGGGUUCAUAUAUUGAUGCUCCCACUUCCCUUAAAAGAAGAAGACCAAGUAGAGCCCCUCCAACUGCUCCGACAUGUCAGCGAAGGAGAACAUUGACUCGACAUAGUAAUCAACAGCUGAUAGCACAUCAGAGGCCGAUCACUAUUGCUCCAGUUCCUGCAUCUUCUCCUUCUCUCCCUUCUCUCCGUGCAAAGUUGCAAGGAUUGGAGGAACCAGUUCAACCCGUUGGAGAGAAGUGCAUGUUAUGCAAGAGGAAUGUGAUGUUCAAUCCUGAAGGCCCUUUUUCUCGUCCUGCUAUACCGCCAGCCGUUGCUGUUCUUCCCUGUGGGCAUGUAUUUCAUGACCACUGCCUGCAGAAAAUCACACCACAAGACCAGUCAAACAAUCCUCCUUGCAUACCUUGCGCUAUAGGUGAAACAUAGUGUGAUGGUUUUCCCCAAUUGUUUUGGAAGGGAGGGGGCAUAAAUUUUGUAAUUUUGGCACAUUGCAAACGAGAAUGGAAGGGCUCCCAACCUUUUUUUUGUAAAGGAUUAAGGUAUAGUUCGUGGAACUGUACAUAUAGGAGGUGGGGUGACAAUAGGAGACCCCCCAUGGGUAGAGAUUAUGUAAAGUUACAUAGAAACUCAGCAACUUAACCCCGGUGAAUGAGAGAAGUAUUAAACUGGAACUUACAAGUUAGAAAUUAUGUAUUAAACAAUGACUGAUUCUAUAAUAGGGCAGAGAUUUUUUCAAAGCA